UAAAAGGCAUGGCAUGGUGGCCGAGAGCCCGCCUGCAAGGCUGGACCUUGGAAAGGCAGUCGUGUAAAUGUUUCAUGAACUUCACUCCGCGCGCCUGCCCGGGCUGCAGAGGGGCAGGUGUUGCGCUGGUUUCUGUAGGAUCACCAGAAAGGGAGAGUCGGGGAGCUGACAGUACCUCCUGCAGGCUGACGGAGGCAGGAGGGGCUGGAGCUGGCCUCUGGCGGCGGCUGCUCUCGGGACCCUCCUGCACUGGAGUUCACUUCAGCUUCUCCAGCUGCGGCCAGGGAGACUGCUCACUCUGAGCCUGGCUGCCGGAGGCAACCGCCACAAGCUGCUGCUCAGCUUCUGCAAGGGGCUGGAUUCCUGACCAAGCAGCAAUCCCUCACUGAGACUUGCUGAUUCUGGAGCGAGAGGAGAGGGUUUUCUCUUCUUGGAACACCUGAGCUGGGGCUCAGCGCCUCUCCGAUUUUAAGUAGUUCCCUCCAUGAGAACUGAAUUUCAAGUGUUCCCCAAGGGCAAAUGCAGUGCCCCUGGGCUGGAGAGCAGAGAGGAUGAGAGCUUUUGAGGCUGCCUGCUAAGGGCUCUUCGGAGGUACCCCUCGCCCCCAUUCAAAAUGCCGUUUAAAGCAUUUGAUACCUUCAAAGAAAACAUUCUGAAACCUGGAAAGGAGGGAGUGAAGAAUGCCGUAGCAGAUUCGCUGAGGAUCUUACAAAGAAAAAUCGAUGGGACUAAUGAAGAGGAAGAUAGCAUUGAGCUGGAUGAAGAGGGCAGGCCUGUGCAGACAUCCAGGGCACGCCUCCCCGCCUGUGACUGCAGCUGCUGUGGCAUCCCCAAGCGCUAUAUCAUCGCUGUCAUGAGUGGGCUGGGAUUCUGCAUUUCCUUUGGGAUUCGGUGCAACCUUGGAGUGGCCAUUGUGGAAAUGGUCAACAACAGUACUGUGUAUGUGGAUGGGAAACCAGAAAUUCAGACAGCACAGUUUAACUGGGACCCAGAGACGGUGGGCCUUAUCCACGGGUCUUUUUUCUGGGGUUAUAUUGUGACACAGAUUCCUGGUGGCUUCAUUUCAAACAAGUUUGCUGCUAACAGGGUCUUUGGAGCCGCCAUCUUCUUGACAUCAACUCUGAACAUGUUUAUCCCUUCUGCGGCCAGGGUUCACUACGGCUGCGUCAUGUGUGUGAGGAUUUUGCAGGGUCUGGUGGAGGGUGUGACCUACCCAGCCUGCCACGGGAUGUGGAGCAAGUGGGCACCUCCCCUGGAGAGAAGCCGGCUAGCAACAACUUCCUUUUGUGGUUCCUAUGCUGGGGCAGUUGUUGCUAUGCCCCUUGCUGGAGUAUUGGUACAGUACAUUGGCUGGGCCUCCGUCUUUUACAUUUAUGGCAUGUUUGGGAUUAUUUGGUACAUGUUUUGGCUGCUGCAGGCUUAUGAGAGUCCAGCUGUUCACCCAACAAUAUCUGACGCAGAAAAGACCUACAUAGAGACGAGCAUAGGAGAAGGGGCCAACUUGGCCAGUCCGAGUAAAUUCAACACACCAUGGAGAAGGUUUUUCACAUCCUUGCCUGUCUACGCCAUCAUCGUGGCAAACUUCUGCAGGAGCUGGACCUUCUAUUUGCUCUUAAUAAGCCAGCCUGCUUACUUUGAGGAGGUCUUCGGAUUUGCAAUAAGUAAGGUGGGUCUCCUGUCAGCUGUUCCACACAUGGUGAUGACAAUUGUGGUACCGAUUGGAGGACAACUGGCUGAUUAUUUAAGAAGCAGGAAGAUUCUGACCACAACUGCUGUCAGAAAGAUCAUGAAUUGCGGAGGCUUUGGCAUGGAGGCAACCUUGCUCCUGGUGGUUGGCUUCUCCCAUACCAAAGGAGUGGCCAUCUCCUUCUUGGUGCUUGCUGUAGGAUUUAGUGGCUUUGCUAUUUCAGGUUUCAAUGUCAACCACCUGGACAUCGCUCCACGCUAUGCCAGCAUUCUCAUGGGGAUCUCAAAUGGAGUGGGAACGCUGUCCGGAAUGGUCUGUCCCCUCAUCGUGGGCGCAAUGACGAAGCACAAGACCCGCGAGGAGUGGCAGAGUGUGUUCCUCAUCGCGGCGCUGGUGCAUUACUGCGGUGUCAUCUUCUACGCAGUCUUCGCUUCUGGGGAGAAACAGGACUGGGCCGAUCCUGAGAAUCUCUCUGAGGAGAAAUGUGGAAUCAUUGACCAAGAUGAACUGGCGGAGGAGACAGAACUCAACCACGAGGCUUUCGUAAGUCCCAGGAAGAAGAUGUCUUACGGAGCCACCAGCCAGAACUGUGAGGUCCAGAAGAGGGAGUGGAGACAGCAGAGAGAAGCUGCCGUUGAGGAGGAAGAGCCACCGUCCUACCAGAACGAAGAGGGGGACUUUCCAGAAACAUCCUAACGCCCACCUUCUCCUCAGCUGACAGUUGGAAGUAUCCAUGCCCAUUGCCUUUCCCACACGUUGGCUUGCCAGGGGGCCAAAUCACGGGGUACUGGAGGUAGUGGGAGAGGAGGAGAUCAAAGUAACGGCAGAGAAAAGAGAAAUGCCUUCUUCCAGAGAUAGGACUAUGAACCUUGGUCUCAACUGAUACAAUAGUUGAUCAUAUUUUUUUUUGGGGGGGGGAGGUGGGCAUUGGCUGUUGCUCCUUCUCUUAAAGAAGUAGUUAUUGAGGAAGAACUGGCUAGAAGAAUAAAGAGAAUAUUGUUGCUCAAGCAAACACAGAAAUACCCUUUUGUCCUGGAGAAGAGUAUGUGGCGGUUGGCACCACAUCUCCUAGGAUGCCCAUGCCGAGGAGAGUUUCCUAGACCUAACAAAGGAAACCGCUCAUGGAGGCCCUCUACCCUGUCAGGUGCUUUAUGAACAUUGUAUUUAACCUCCACACCCUGUUACAUAUCAUUACACCCACUUUACAGCUGUGAACACCAGGGUAACAGGUUGACCCACAAGGCCGUCCUUCAGGGCCAAGGCUGACCGAGGCUGAGACUGGCCGAUGAAUGGAGUUUCAGGAAAGAAGGGUCCAGCUCAGUGUAGAGACAGAAACAGAAUGGAAUCAGCUGAUUUGUGGGUAAUGCCAUGUUUGAUCAAUGGUGUGUGUGUGUGUGUGUGUGUGUGUGUGUGUGUAAAUAUUUAGACUAAUGUGACAGAGAGGAUUCAAACAUGAAAUUCUGGACCCAAGACCCUUAAGGUCCUAUAUUACCUGUUGGACCAAAUAAUUGGGUAAAUAAAUGGCUUUUUUUUUCUUUAAAAGCCUCAAACUAGUGAAAAACAUAAAGCUAAGCAAGACAGCUCAAUUUCCAGGAAUGUCUUAAAAAUAGUAUAUGAAGGGUUGGUGAUUAAAUUUAAACCCUCAACAGUAUCAGGAAUGUAGGUGAGUAAUGUCCUAAGUUAACUAUAAGACCCAAAGACGUUGGCUAAUCUAAGAAGGUUCAGGGAAGACUAUUUAGGUAACCGUCUCGUGAGAGAGACUUGUGUAAGCUUUCUCUGCUGGGGAGUAUAACAGGAAGUGUGGCCACAGGGUGUAAAAUGCCCCAAAUAGCCAUGACGACUUUACCUAGAAUGCUCAUUGAAAACAAAAAUAGCAGUAGUUUUAUAGGGAGAUACUGCAGUUAAAGUGUCUGACACAACCAGGCCUCUUACUGAUGUGGAAAAAUUCUUGUUAGGCAAUAACUUGGAUACUCCCUAACUACAUUUAAAAUGUAAUGUUGGCAUGUAAGUGCUUAUUAGAAGAUUAAAUUAUUUUCCUGCUCUUUAGUUUUGAAAAUUUUAUUUAUAUUUUCAGAAGGAAAAUUUAAUAUGAUGAUAAAAUAUAGAUUUGCUUGCAUAAUAUUUAUUUUCCCCAUUUUAUUUCUGGGCCCUUAUUAUACUUAAGGAGUUAUAAUGCACUUUAUGGAAAGAUUAAUCAUAGGUCUUAAAAGGGAAUGGCUGGAUUUUCAUUUAAUAAUGUUCUUUAUAAUUUGUAAAUAAUUCAUGUUAUGAGAUAUUGUUAAAUCUCAUAUAAUGUGAAUCUCUGUAAGUCCCCUAGAGCACAUCUUGGCAGAAAGAAGUACUCAAGAAAUAGCAAUUGCGUGAGCAUUAUCUUUAACUCUAGUGCAACCAUGUCAUCAGUAAAAAAAGAAUGCUGUGUCAUUUCAUCCACUGGCCACAGAGGUUAUUAUGAAAAUUGUAUUGUUUUCUUAGUUUAAAAAAGGAAAUAAUAGUGUUUAUUUCUUUGUGUGUUAAUAAAGCAGAAUAAUUAUAUGUAUGAAAAAAGCAAAGCCUCAUGAUGAUGAUGAAGGCGAUGUAGAUUGUGACAGUUUAUUAUUAGUGUUGAUGUCAUGCAGAAAUGCCACUUUUUGCUUGUAACUUGCACAUACUUUUUUUUAAUGGCUAAGCCAUGGCAUUAAACGCUAUAAAGCAUGUUA